AAUAGUCAGCACUUACUUCUCUGUGGAGAAGAGGCUGAUUUGAAGGCUGCUUCUACUUUCCUCUUGAUCUCAUCGAUCUUUUCAGCUGCAUUGACAACACUAAGCAAGAUGAAGAUUCUUCUAAUUGUUUUGGUUCUGCUUUGCUGCACUUUGGUUAAAGGUUUCAGGUGCUAUAGUACUCGUGCAACCAAUCCGGGGCAAGUGUCUGAAAAUGACUUCUAUGAAAAUACCCUGAUGCCAUCUAAGAGAGAAAACAUCAAAUACUUAUAUGGAUCUCAAGAAGAAGAUUUUGAGAACUAUAACAUAAAACGGAAACCUAAUGAUAAAGAGAAAGGUUUUCAGAGGCUGGAGAGAAGUCGUGACAAUGGCUCCUGUAUAUUAGCCUUGUUGCCAACUAAGUUUGAAAGUGAUGAUAAGAAAUCCUACCUCAGAAUUUUAUCCCCAGCUCGAAGAGAUUCUUUUGAGGAAUGUAACACAAAAACAAUAGUUGAUGAUAUAUAUGAGUACAGCUGCUGCAAUACAGAUGCAUGUAAUCCUGGUUUGAGAUAUUUGGAGUCUGUUAAAGCUAAAACACUGACUUGCUAUUAUGGUCAUACUCCAGUCGAAGGUUCUGACAAUGGCUUCUGUGUAUCAGGCUCUUCGCCAGGAUAUAGAAAUAAUGACAUAGUCGGAUUUCGAAGAGAAGAUUUUGAGAAAUGUAACACAAAACUAAGAUAUGCUGGCGACAGAUGGAGGUUUUCCUGCUGCACAACAGAUAGAUGUAAUCCUCUUAUAAAAGCUAAACGGUAUUAUAACAUCUAAAACCUAAAAUCUGCUAAUGGCAAGUGAGCCCGGCCUGUUAGUAACCUCAAGGCCUAACUUCCUGGAUGAAGCCUUUGGUAGAUUUAGCCCAGCUGCUUAUGUCUUGAGUUGAUGUCAGGCUGCUGAAAUAAAUAAAGUUGGAUUGAUAA